AUGACGACGACGAUCGCGCGCGCAUCCCUCGCGGCGGUCGCGGUGACGACGGCGCGGUCGACGCGCGGUACUCGACGGGCGUCGACGCGGGUGACGCGGUGGACGCGCGCGCGGGCGGGCGGCGUGGAGGAUGCGAAGUCGAUGAUCGAGCGGCUCGCGACGCCCCCGGAUGCGUCGAAACCCGCGCCGGGGUGGUUGCGACCGCUGAUCUCGCUCGCGGAACCGGCGGGGGAGAGCGCGGCGGUGGUUGGGUACUCGCUCGCGAUCGUCACCGCGUUGGCGGCGACGAUCGUGCUCGCGGUGCUGCGAUUUCCGGGAUUGCUCGACGCGACGGUUUUCCUCGGGGCGAGCGCGUACGCGUGUUGGCAGGCUGGACCGUAUUUGGAUAAGAUUGUCGAGGACGUCGAGCGACAGUGGGAUCAGGACGACGACGACGACGAGUGA